AGACUACAAGCCCCGGCGUGCCAUUUAAGAUGUGCGCGUGCCUGUCGACUAGCGUUCUCGUACGCCAGGGCGCGUUCUCGGUCGGCUUGUAAGAGGAGGACAGCUCCAGUGCUGAUUUUCAGAGGGUUAAAGAGGCGCAGGAAGACCAUCUCUCAAGUAUUAAUAGCAUUUCUGAAUCACACAUCAAUCGUAUCAGUGAAGCAAAAGGCAGCAUGCGACAAGACGCACCUAUGCAGAUGGCUGCCACACAGGACGGUAAAUUUGGGCAGAAAGAGGGGUCGGACCAGAACUUCGACUACAUGUUCAAACUGCUGAUCAUCGGUAACAGCAGCGUGGGAAAGACCUCCUUCCUGUUCCGCUACGCGGACGACUCCUUCACCUCGGCCUUCGUGAGCACGGUGGGCAUCGACUUCAAGGUCAAGACCGUCUACAAGAACGAGAAGAGGAUCAAGCUGCAGAUCUGGGACACGGCUGGUCAGGAGCGCUACAGGACCAUCACCACAGCGUACUACCGCGGCGCCAUGGGCUUCAUCCUCAUGUAUGACAUCACCAACGAGGAGUCCUUUGGGGCGGUCCAGGACUGGUCGACCCAGAUCAAGACGUACUCCUGGGACAAUGCGCAGGUGAUCCUGGCCGGGAAUAAGUGUGACAUGGAGGAGGAGAGAGUGGUGUCUGUGGACAGCGGCCGGCUUUUGGCAGAGCAGCUGGGGUUCGAGUUCUUCGAGACGAGUGCCAAAGACAACGUCAACGUGAAGCAGACCUUCGAGCGACUGGUGGACAUCAUCUGCGACAAGAUGUCGGAGAGUUUAGAGACUGACCCCGCCGUCACCACGGGAACCCCAAACGCCAGACUAACCGACAACCCGCCCCCACUACAGCAGCCCAACUGUGGCUGUUAGUGGGACAAACCCCCCCCCCCCACCACCACCACCACCACCCGCCCCGCCCCAGACGGUGCCACCCUGAUGUGUGCCAAUGCCAAGAUAGUCCAUUUCCUAGGUAUAGUCUUACAGAAUUUAAUUCAUUACUAUUAUCUGCAUAUCUUACCUUUGCAAAUAAAACAUCCAGAGGUAUCAUUACCUGGUACAGCUUUCUGCAGGUCUGUUUAUCUUUCGGUUUUAAUGUAGCAUUGUGGGACAGAACGAGCCUUUCGGUACAUCCUGUACGUAGCCUGCCGCGCCCCUUAGGAGUCUGCAUCGCAGCCGAAUUUCACCGCUUGGCACCUGCACCGUUUUCAGCAGGUGUGCAGGGAGACAGGAAUAGUGCACGAGUUUGCUUCCCGUUCCCGUCGUCAUUGGGCGACGGCUCAUUAGUGCAGGUGUGCUGUGACUCCGCCCCCUUUGGGUCGUGGUGUGUACGGGGGGGGGGAUGGGGGGGGGGGAGCACGCAGGUGUGGAGGCAUUGGGCUUAAUGUGCAGCUCAAUCUGACGUUGUAGAGGGGGGGCUUCCUGUUCCCUUUAUAAUGCAUGGCCAAACCCCAAGUCAGAAAAUCUACAUGGUUUGUCAUCUGGCCAUCAAAAGAAAAAAAGAAAAAUCAGGAUACAAGUGCAACGCCGCCCACAAUGUUCUGGGGUACGCCUUGAGCAAAAAGUCCAGAAUGAUUCACACUAGUCCCCGCAGGGGGAAAAGCCAGGAUAUUACUUUAGUUAUGAUUCUGCCAUUCCAUGCUAUUCAGUUUAUCCACAACGUGCUUUCUCCUGAAUUUAAGGAAAUGGUGCUUCUUCACGUCUUGCACAAAACCAGAGUUCUGUGGUGAAAGAUUAAUAAAAAAUAAAAAAAAUUAUGGG